UUCUCGCCAAGGCCCAACAACAAUCCUUUCCGUCUUCCUUCCGUUGUCGACGGUGUCAUAGAACAACUCUCUCCGCCGCCACCGAAGCUCCAAGGGAUUCACGAGGAGGAGGAGGAGGAGCGUCGUCGGCGAUGCCGGAUCCUAACCUGGACGAUCUGCUCCUGCAGGCCGCGGGGCGGACCGUGGGGAAGGGCAGCCAGUCCCGGCAGCCCAACCAGCGCUGGCAGCAGCCUGGCCGCCGCGCGGGGGGCUCCUACUCGGGCGGGAGCGGCUCCGAUGGCUCCGACGACGGCGACUCCGACUCGGACGUCGCGCCCAGCCACCCGCGCAAGCGCCUGCCGCCGGGCUCGCAGGUGCCGCUCAAGAAGAGGCACCAGACGGAGAAGGGCGCGGGCAGGGGAGGCUACGACGACGAGGACCUCGACGACGAGGGCAGACGGAGCGGGGGCGAGGACUCCGACAGCGCGCCGUCCGUCGGGAGCGACCUGUACAAGGACGACGACGACAAGGAGCAGCUGGAGAACAUGACGGAGCUGCAGAGGGAGAUGAUCCUCGCGGAGCGGAGCACCAGGAUCGACGACUACAAGCUCAAGAAGCUGGCACGGGCCUCCUCCUCCAAGACGGAGAAGGCCCGCAAGGACAGCCCUCCCCCGCCGCUCAGCCGCUCACGCGCCUCCACCAGGACCGACAGGUCCGCCACCAAGAGCGCCCUCGACGAGCUUCGGGCCAAGAGGAUGAGGCAGCAAGAUCCGGAGGGGUACCGCAACAGGUUCAAGGAUCUCGUCGCCAAGCCCGGCUCGCCUACUAGGCGCAGGGCUGGGAGCCCCCCCAGCGAUGGUAGCAAUGAGAGGACCAAUGGCCAUGGAGGGGCUGCUGAUGAUAGUCGGGAAGAUGAGUUUGACGAAUCGCCGAGCAGGCUUGACCCUCUCAAGUUUGAUGAUGUCAAGAGCAUAACCCUUCGGAGGUCGAAGCUGGUGAAAUGGUUCAUGGAACCCUUCUUUGAGGAGCUUGUAGCUGGGUGCUUUGUGCGGCUUGGGAUCGGCAAGACGAAAAAUGGCACCCCAAAGUACAGGCUGUGCAUUGUUAGGAACGUGGAUGCGAGUGACCCAGAUCGCAAGUACAAGCUCGAGAGUUACACUACAUGCAAGUAUCUCAAUGUUGUAUGGGAUAACGAAGCCAAUGCUGCUCGGUGGCAGAUGGCCCAGGUCUCUGAUUCUCCGGUCCUCGAAGAAGAGUUCAAGGAGUGGCUUCAAGAGGCUGAAAAGAAUGGUGUGCGCAUACCAACUCGGCAGGAAGUGCUGGAGAAGAAAGAAGGCAUUAAGGAGGCCUACAACUACGUGUAUUCAGCGGAUACUGUACAAAAGAUGCUGCAAGCGAAGAAAUCAGCUGUGAGACGCCCCAUGAAUGUUGCUGCUGAGAAGGAUAGGUUGAGGGAUCAGUUGGAGAUGGCCCUGGUCCGGAGGGAUGAUGCAGAAGCAGAAAGGAUCCGAGCAAAGCUGAAUCAGCUGCAGAAGAUCGCGCAGCCAUUGUCAACUAAUGAGAAGGCAGCAAAGUUGGAGGAGAUGAACAGGAAGAACCGUGCUGAGAAUUUCAAGAAUGCAUCAGAAAUGAAAGCUGUCAAUACAGGUCUGAAGGCUGGAGAGGCUGGUUAUGAUCCUUUCUCAAGGAGGUGGACAAGAUCGCGGAAUUAUUUUGCGGGAAAGCCGGGAGGAGAAGCAGAAGGAGAUAAUCCUGAAGCCGCCAAUGGGAACGAUGGUAAUGUAAUGGCUGACAAGGAAGAUGUGAAGAGUGGGGUGCGAGUUGGUACAGUAGUCACAGCUUCAGCUCUAGUGGCAGCAGCUGAAGCUGGGAAGCUGGUUGAUACAAAUGCACCUUUGGAUCUCGGGACAGAAACGAAUCCACUGCAUAAUUUCGAACUUCCGAUAUCACUGGCUGUUCUGCAAGAGUAUGGUGGGCCCAAAGGUCUGUUUGAAGGAUACAUGGCGAGGAAGCAGAAGAUAGAAGCGACUAUGGGUUACAAGAUCCCCGACAAUGAUGGAAGGAGGCAUGCGUUAACUCUCUCCGUGAGCGACUACAAGAGGCGACGUGGUCUCCUCUGAAGGAUUAUCUUUUUUGGCUGCUCGAUGAAUUUAUCUGUACCCCUGGCAACAACUCUUCUGCAUCAACGUGACAAACUGUCCAGACUAGUCGCAUUUUAGCUUACUUUCUCUGAAGUAAUACGGAGACAAGCAGAUUGCACGUUUAUUUUCAUAAUUACAUAGACCUGUAUGUCUGAUAGUGUUGACAUUUCACGUUUCUUGCGGCAAUGGCAUUUCGUGUUUAUA